AUGAAGAUUCGACCAGUUUUAUUUGCGUUUCUUCUCAGUGUUUCGUGCUUUUAUGCUAAAGCAGUUAGCGAAGAAGAAUCAGAUACGGCAAAUAAUGAAAUUGACCAAAACACUGAAUCAAGUGAACCCGAAGAGCAGCCUGAUCCAUUGGAAAAGUUAAGUAGACUAGAACCUUUUUUAGAAACAAGUGAAUUUAACUACAGUCUAUAUCUCCAAGAACCCGAGGAUGAACGAGUUUUGAUUGGAACAAAUACGCCCCUGUAUAUAGCGAAAUACGAUGAGGAAACUGAAAAAAUUAAGUACCGAGCGUAUCAUUACCCCGAACCACAGACAAAGAAUUCUUGUAAAAAGGAACAACAUCAAAAGUUAUCACCUAAAGAACAUGUUGAAUCAGAAAAAACAUAUCACGAACACGAAGAUACUGUUUAUCCAGAAAUAUUAGUUGUUGUAGAUUACUCGCUUUAUAAAAAAUACGGUGGAAAUGUGUUUAAAAUUGCCCAAGUUGCAGCAGCUUACUGGAAUAGUGUCGAUCUCCUAUACAGAACCAUAAAAAAUCCGAAAAUAAGAUUAAACAUUGCAGGUCUUAUCAUUCCAGAGAGUCCAGAAGCAAUUCCUUAUGUUGAAAAAAAUUAUAACCAUAACCUAGGCAGUUUUGAUGAUAUAAAAGUGAUAGAAGAUAUGACUUCUCAUUUCGAGAAUUAUGGUAAACAUUUGGACGGAAUUCCUGAACAUUCUUUUGAUACUGUUAUCCUCAUGACUAAUCGAUUAAAUCUUAGAUACGUGGCGGGAUUGGCGCUACCAAGUGCAAAAUUUGGAAAAGACACAAUUGCGUUUGUAAGUGGCGACUUUGAAAAUCACUUCUACACUGUCAUAGCUGGUGCACACGAGCAGGGACAUUUGUAA